AUGAGUUCUGAAGACGUCGCAAGAUACCAGGCCGCCUUUGAGGGCAAGGCAAUCCCGUACGAUCUUUUAGAUCAAAGUCGUUGGAUCCGAUGCAUACUAGUCCACACUAUCCGAACGAAUGAGGAGUUUGCGAAGUCGUCCGAAGUCGUUGAGCUUUGUUCUCGUGGGGAAUAUCCUGAGUUUGCCCGGGCUCGCCAUGCUCGUCUAAUCAUGAGCAAUGUCAUACCUGAUGUCUCAGAUCCUUGUUUGCUUCCUUACUGCUUCUGGUACCCUGAUGUUGCUCAAGAGGAGACAUACCGUCUCCUCGCUGAACGGUAUCCUUUCCUACGCUACCAAGUUGGCCGUGCCUGUGCGGUCGCCGGGUACACAUCUCUCUACACAUCACUCAAUCUACUUCCCGAAGUGUCUAUCGCCGAAGAAGCUCGCGAUAAUAUGCAGUUGUCAGGCGCAAUUUUUGAAGAGAUUAUCUCAAGCCCGGUCAGAUACAAAGUACUCGACGACUAUGCACGGAUUGCGCAUGAGCCCCGGGCAGGGGCCUAUCUUAAUGGUGACACUUGCGUACGCUCUAAUCUCGAAUUCAGGCAGCCAGUCGAGAACAUUUGGCUACUAACAGAACAUCUGGAGGACGUCAAUUUUGACAUUGCCGAGGACUACGCUAUUGGGGAAACAGCAUCCGGCACGGUGAAUCCUGCUUUACGCCCAGACGAGAUUCAGCUGCUUCAUACGCCGCUUCCCCUGGACUUGCCCACAGUCAACAAAGAUCUCUUAAUUCUUAUGGCUGCCUACGAAGGGAAUGUCGAUCGUUAUGCAAGGCUACGUCGACCACACCUCAUUCGCGCGGAGGAAUAUUGCAUCCUUCGCGGGAUCUAUCACAACACCUCAUUCACGAAGUGGUGGGAGCAAGAGGUUGAAGCUGAAUCUGCCACAGCAAGGACUGGUUAUGAACGAAACAAUAUCAGGAGAGCCGUCACCGCAAGAUUUAUCAUGUGCAAUGAUCUAUCUCGUGUGACUGAGUCGGAUCCAUUCAACUAUCCGUACAUGAUCUGGUACCCUCUCCUGCCACGAGAGCUGACUCUACGGGAACUGUUCCACCGCAUUCCGGACAUGAAGCCGCAAAUCGCUCAUGCCUGCAUCGCCGCAGAUUACCAAGAAACAUAUGACUCGCUCCACGUUGUUCCUAGAAGAUCACUAUGGUUUGAAGCAAAGAGAAGUCCCAACAAGCACUACCUAGAGGACUUGGAGUCCCGCGCAGCUGAGCAACACAUUGAUCUCAAAGAUGAAGACCCUUUGAAUGAUGGGUGGCAUUACGACUGGGUCGCUUUCAAUAAGGAGCCAACGUCGACAUAUCUCUACUCUGCGCUUCACGCCGGUCUUGUCGAGCUUCAGCACCGAGACGGGAUCUAUGAGGGAUAUGAUGCGCACAUGCACUUCGUCGACCACUUUUUGUGUUCUUCUGAGGAGUUGAGGAAGAAGGCGGCCGAUUACGAGGCUGGACUAUGGUUCAUGUAUGAGGAAUAA